AUGGCCGCCCUAGCAACCACUGGACGCGAUGAGAGACUGCGCUCGGGUGAUGGAGAGUCCUGCAUCCAUCAAGCCACUACUGCAAGUCCAGUCAGAAGAGACGGAGUGGAUCAGAGGUUGGACAGACAGAGAGCUGUGUCAUUUCUCCGAGAAGCUGAGAAGAACAGGAGGCAGAUAGAAAAGAUGGAGAAAGAGCAAACACUGAAUGCUCUGUGCAAAAAGCAUGGCUGGACAGAUGUGUAUGAUGAACUGGAAGAAUAUGAAAAAAUAUUGGAGAAAGAAAGAAGAGCUCAACAGGUUCAUCUCCAGAAGCAGCUAGCUAAGAUUCAAAAUGGUGUGAGGACAUUUCAGGGACAUCUAACAGAUGUAAAGCCAACUCCUCAGUUGAUUGAAAAGCUGAAGGAAAUCAUGUCAGAGGUGGAAAUCUCAAUAAACACCUUGAAGGAGGAGCAGCGUUUGUGCUUUGAGGAGUAUCUGAAGGAGGAGAGGACAUGCAAGCAGGAAAUCAAUGCUUAUGAGAAAAGAUUUGAAAAUUGGAAUCUUCCUUUUAAGUCAAACUCCAAACUUCCCACAACUUCUACUCUUAAGACUAAACUCAAGGACAGAGACCUCCCUGCAGAGGUCAGAGCCGUGGAGGAUUUCCUGCAGAGGACAGGUGGUCAAUAUGGAGGCUGGGAGCAGUUUGAUCAUCAAGCCUUUCUAAAGGUUUGGACAAAGUACAACGGGCAGCCAUCCUACAGGAAAGAGGCCAAACUGUACCUGCCAGGUAAAACUCUGGAGGAGAUAGAGCAACAUGAAGAGUGGCAGCAGGAGCUGCUCAGCUUAAACAACAAAAAGAGAGAGGCUAUUCAGCGUUGGAAAGCCAGCAAAGACCAAGAACGUCAGAUGAGGAUACAGAAUCAAGAGGAAACUGAAGAGGCCCGAAACCGAGAGAGGAAGGCCCAGAGACUGGCCGAGCAGCACAAGACUGAGGAAGAGAGGAUGGAGGUGGCAAAGCAACUCGAACUGUGGAAGGAAGAAAAAAAACGAAAAGAGGAAGAGGAAGAGGAGCAGAGACUGAUUGAGGAGAUUCACAAGAGGAGACAGGAAAAGGAGGAGCGUUGCCGGCAGCUGGAAGUGAAGCUAGUCCUGGAGGAGCAUCUUCGACUGAAGAAAGAGGAAGAGGAGGAACAGGAGAGGAAACGGAGGGAAGAAGAGCAGCGAGAAAUGGAGGAGAGGCAAAGGGAGGCAGCAAAGAUUAUUAAAUGCUUCAGUGAAAGGGAUCUUCACAAGGUGGAGGCGAAGCUUCAUGAAAAACGGCUGAAGGAAAAGGGAGAAGAGGAAAGACAAAAAAGAAUCACAGCUAAGCUGAAGGAGAAGGUGGAUGGUCGUAUAGACAGAGACCCCUCCAGGUUAAUCCGUCCCACUAAGGGAUGGCAGGAGAGGAUGAAACACAUCGGACCUUCAGGGGACACACCGGUGCUACAAAUGUUUCACAGAGCUGUUCCCACUUGGAGACAAGGCCUGUGA